GCGGCGGGGAGCCCCGCGUGGGAGCCGCAGUCCAGCGGCGUGGCCGAGCCGCCCCAACAGCAGGCGCUCGAGAGGGCCACCGCCCCGCUCGGCGGGGAGCGGGGCCCACCGCCGCAGCUGCUCCCAGACGCGGCCCUGGAGGACCUGGACGAGGGGGCCCGGCCCCCGCCCGACCUGAGGAGCGGGUCGCCAGCGGUGCGCGCCGGCGCGGCGCGGCACGGGCCCCACGCGGUGUCGGGGCCGUCCGACGAGUUCAUCGGCCAGGCUUGUAUGCCUUGGCCGGGCGCCGCGGACGGGCAUCAGGCCCUCGUCUACGCAAAGGCCGCGAGGACGGCCGCGGGGUACCUCGCGAAGCGGACGCUGGACGCCAAGUGGGUUGCCUCGCACGUCGACCUGGCAUACUACUGCAAGGUGCCGUUGGCGCUCCUGGAGGUUGGCAUGGAAGCGGAAGCCGCGCAGGCCCUGGACGUUGCCCUGCCGCUCUGUAGGGACGGUGGGCAGGGCAGUGCCAGUGAGCUCUACAGCACCCUGUAUCCACAGUGGCCGUGGCUGUGCAUCGGCAUGGCUGCCGUGCGGCUGGACCGCCGCGAGGUGGCCCAGAUGUGCUUUGACCGGCUCGACGCCUACGUGCACCCCAUCACUGGCAGUGGCCUGGUGCAGGAGCCGCUGGGCAGCAUCACCAGCUGGGAGGCGGACGUCUUCUCCACCGCACUGGCCACAAAGGCGGCCCUCGUUCGGGGUCAGGGCCAGCACGCCGCCACGUCUGGGGACUCUCUGCUGCGCGCCCUGGAGGCCAACAGGGAUAACAUGAAGUCCCGCCGCUUCAGCCUGCGAUGGUCGUGGGCGGACGGCUUUAACGAGGACGAGCAUCCUCUGUGUUGUGUCACACAGGACGGGAAAGGUCAGCUAUACUCCAUGCUAGGCUUCCCCGCACUUGUUCUCCUGGAGCUCUCCAUGGGCGCCGCUGGCAGUGCCAUUUCUCCCCAGCGGGCCGCGGCGUUCCGAGAGGGGGCCUCGGAGCUGCUGGGGUUCCUGAAGGGCUGCAGCGGCCUGGUGGGAAGCUCCACGUCUCACUCGACGGCGCUCGCCGCGGCGAUGGCGUGCGACCACGAGGCCGCCACAAAGAUCGGGGACGCCAUGCUCGCCAUGCGGACACCAUCGGGCAUCUUCUCCACCCAGAGCGACGUGGACACCGUGGAGUCCUUCGACCAGUCUGCAGACAUUGUGCUGAUGCUCAGCCGGAUGGGCAAGAUGAUGGGCGGGACGACGCGGCUAUGA